CUUAAAAAAGAAAAUCUCUUUUCAAAAACUCUUAUAAUUUUAGUAUGCACUGUGAUUCAAGAACUUUAUUAUUUAGUGUCAAAUGUUUCUUUUAGUCUCAAAUAUAAUUUUGGAAUUAUGAUUUAGAAGCCAAUUUUAACAAAACAGUUAGAAAAUGAAAAUUUUUAUUUAUUUUAAGGUGAUGUACACAUUAAAAAGUCAAAAAUCAGGGUUAUUUUUCCUGUUGAAACUGUUUGGAAUUCACUCACCUACCAUGCUAGGGAGGAUGUUGCUUUACCCUACAAUUUUCCAAAAGUAUGUUUGAAAUCUAUAAAGUGGUAGAUUAGGCUAUCCUACAAAGACAUUUACUUAUUACAAUACUUAGCAGAUCUUGUAAUUUGACAGCUUUAACUAUAAGGUGUUUCUUAAUUAUAGACCCCAAAGACAACCUACACCAAGGUUGUUUAUGUAGUGCGUCUGAAAGUAUUUUGAAUACAGAGUGUGCUAGGUAUGCUAGGGCCCCCCAAAUUGUCAAUCCUACUGGUUCUCAUGAGCUCUUGGAUUAAGGAAAGACGUGUACUGAUUUAUGUCAUCUUUGGAAAACUAGCUAGAAAUUCCUGAUGAUACAAAUGUAGCAUUAGUAUAUUAUUAUUAAUUUUGUACAGAUGUAAUGAUUUUAGAAAAUUUUGCAAUACAAAAGAUGCACAUAGUAGGAACAAUAAAUGGAUGCAACCUGUUCUACCACAGAUAAAAUCUUCAAAGGUUAUUUAAACUUUAAAUAACUUUAUAUAAUAUCCUAAUCUUGGCAAGUUAUUAUGAGUUUCUUUUAAUAGGAACAUUAUAUUUUUAUAUCUAUGUAUCUAUCUAUAGACUAUUUAGGUAAGAAGUAUCUAGUCUUUGCUCUUCCAAGUUAACACAUAUCCUCUACCAGGAGUCCUUAAAGUAGGGUCCAUGAUUAGAACUGUGGUCUGUGGUUAGAACUGAAUUUUAAUAUAAUUGGUUUUCUUUGUGAUAUGAUUUUUUUCUUUCUUUCAAGCCUAUGAAUUUUAUUUUAUGCAUUUACAAACAUCAUUCCAAGGAGCCCAUAGGCUUCAUUAGGCCACCAAAAGUGUCUCUGACAUUCACAAAAGUGCUACAAACCAUUUCAUCUGGUUGAAGAAUUUUUGUUUUAGAUUUGCUUUGAGGUCACAUUGAUGAGAAAUAUGGAACCACCUUUGAUAACUUCACCUGUGAAAGAGAGAGUCUUCUUUCUUACUAAAAAAACAUAAGGAAAACAAAUGACCAAAGGAAUCAUGCCAGAUGGGAACUCAACAUCUUUUUGUAUCAUCUGUUUUUUAAACCAUCAAGACCAAUGGCUUGUGCUUUAAAGAAAAUUAUUUGUUCAUCAACAUUGUUUUUAGCAGUUUAAAAAAAAUAUUUUUUGCUUUAACUGUACAACUCUCUUAUAAAAUUUAAUGCAUAUCAAAAUUUUUAAGAUUUCUUUUUUAGAACUUCAGUGUUUAUGUACCCUACUUUUGCUUGACAAAGUCGUCAAAAAUUUACAGCAUCAGGAAAGAUAUGGACUUGGAAACUUACGUUACUAUAAUUGACUACAGUGAAUUUAAGUGGACAGUUCAAGACAUCAUCCCAUUUAUCAUCAGAAAUAUCACAUAAAUAUAUAAUUCUUAUCUUUAAUGUACACAAAUUUUCUUGAAAAUGGCAUGGGUAAAAUUCUUACGGAAACCUGGCGGCAAUCUUGGAAAAGUUUAUCAACCUGGGAGUAUGCUAUCCCUAGCCCCUACCAAAGGCUUGUUAAAUGAACCAGGACAAAACAGCUGCUUUCUUAAUAGUGCUGUACAGGUCUUAUGGCAAUUGGAUAUAUUCCGAAGAAGCUUGCGGGUUCUAACUGGACAUGUUUGUCAGGGAGAUGCCUGCAUAUUUUGUGCAUUGAAGACAAUAUUUGCACUGUUUGAACACAGUCGAGAAAAAGCACUUCCCUCGGAUAACAUAAGGCAUGCUCUAGCAGAGAGCUUCAAAGAUGAGCAGCGAUUUCAGUUGGGCCUUAUGGAUGAUGCUGCAGAGUGCUUUGAAAAUAUAUUGGAGAGGAUUCAUUUUCACAUAGUACCAAGCAGAGAUGCAGACAUGUGUACCUCCAAGUCUUGUAUCACUCACCAGAAGUUUGCUAUGACUCUGUAUGAACAGUGUGUGUGUCGCAGCUGUGGAGCAUCAUCAGAUCCUCUACCUUUUACAGAAUUUGUGCGGUACAUUUCUACAACAGCCCUAUGCAAUGAGGUAGAAAGAAUGAUGGAAAGGCAUGAACGUUUUAAGCCUGAUAUGUUUGCAGAAUUGCUGCAAGCAGCAAAUACGACUGAUGACUAUAGGAAAUGUCCUAGUAACUGUGGCCAAAAAAUAAAAAUUCGCCGUGUUUUAAUGAAUUGCCCAGAGAUUGUUACAAUUGGUUUAGUAUGGGAUUCUGAGCAUUCUGACUUGACUGAAGAUGUUGUUCGGAAUCUAGCAACACAUCUUUAUCUUCCUGGGCUUUUUUAUAGAGUUACUGAUGAAAAUGCCAAAAAUAGUGAACUUCACCUAGUUGGUAUGAUCUGCUACACCAGCCGACAUUAUUGUGCCUUUGCUUUUCAUACCAAGAGUUCCAAAUGGGUAUUUUUUGAUGAUGCAAAUGUGAAAGAGGUUGGGACUAGAUGGAAGGAUGUGGUCUCCAAAUGUAUCCGAUGCCAUUUCCAGCCACUGCUUUUGUUUUACGCAAACCCAGAUGGCACAGCAGUUUCUACUGAAGAUGCACUUAGGCAGGUCAUCAACUGGUCACAUUAUAAAUCCGUUGCAGAAAAUAUGGGAUGUGAAAAGCCCUCAAUUUAUAAAUCAGAUAAUUCAAAAGAAAAUGGAUUUGGUGAUCAGGCAAAACAGAGAGAAAAUCAGAAAUUUCAUACAGAUAAUACAUCAUCAUUUAAUCGGAGCCACAUUCAAACAAGUGAUGGUAGAGGACAAGUUAAGUCAAGUCACAGUGAUCAAAGGGAAAAAAUAAAAGACAUUUCCAGAGAAUGUGCUUUAAAAGCCAUUGAACAGAGAAACUUACUUUCCUCACAAAGGAAAGAUUUGGAGAGGGGACAAAGAAAAGAUUUGGGCCGACAUAAAGAUUUGGUUGAUGAAGACCUUCCACAUUUCAAGUCUGGAUCACCUCCUGCCCCAAAUGGCUUUAGACAAUAUGGAAACCCACAUCUCUAUCAUAGUCAAGGAAAAGGACCAUGUAAACAUGACCGAGUUGCCCAUCAGAGUCGAGCUUCUGCACAAACACUGAGUUCAAGUAAAUCCCAGAUUCUUGCCCCAGGAGAGAAAGUAACUGGCAAAGUUAAGAGUGACAGUGGCACUGGAUAUGAUACAGACAGCAGCCAAGAUUCUAGGGAUAAAGGAAGCACCUAUAGUGGCAGCAGUAAAAGCCGGACCCGAGGUUGGAAACCUAUGAGAGAAACGUUAAAUGUUGAUAGUAUUUUUAAUGAAAGUGAAAAAAGGCAGCAUAGUCCAAGACAUAAAUCAAGUAUCAGUAACAAACCUAAAUGUAGCAAAGAUCAGAGUUUUAACAACUGGCCAAAAGAAAACCCAAAGCAAAAAUGUUUAAUGACCAUAUAUGAAGAUGAUAUGAAGCAGGAAAUAGGAAGCAGGAGUUCCCUUGAAUCUAAUGGAAAAGGAGCAGAGAAAAAUAAAGGCCUCAAAGAGACUAAAGUUCAUGGUGACAACUGGCAGAUGCAAAGGACCGAGUCUGGAUAUGAAAGUAGUGAUCAUGUCAGUAAUGGAUCAGCUAAUUUGGAUUCACCUGUUAUGGAUGGAAAUGGUACAGUAACGGAUAUCAGUGGUGUUAAAGAAACAGUAUCCUGCAGUGACCACGUAAAGACAAACAACCUAAAUAUAGAAUGUGUCAGCUCUUCCUCCCAACAGAGCAAAAACUACUUAGAAGCCUCAGGCUUUAGAAAAGAACUCAAGAAUUUGGAAGUAGGCUAUAAAUCUCAUGAGUUCCACCCAGAGUCACAUCUACAAAUAAAAAAUUCUUUGAUGAAAAGGUCACAGAUACAUGAAACAAAUGGAAAGUUAUUCCCUUCAUCAGGUCCACAGAUACUCAAGGACAAUGCAGCAAGAGAGCAUAUCCACCAGUCAGGUGAACAGAAACUUGAAACCCCAAGUGAAUGCAAAUUUUCUGAGUGGCUUAAUACAGAAAAUUCUGAGAGAACAGGUUUACUUUUUCACGAUGAUAAUUUUGCUCCUGGAAAGAGAAUGAACAGUAAUGAAGUAGUCUCAUCAUCUUCACUGUGGUCUUCACACAUGAGACCUGUUGGGGUAAAGCCAGAAACUUCUCCCCUCAUCCAGCAGCAAACUAUGAUGGAACAAUGUUGCUCUGAGAACUCUCUGUCCAGGGAACAUAUAAUUGAGUCAACCUGCAGGUCUGAUGGUUGUCAGAUGCCAAAACUUGUUAGCCAUAAUCCACCACCUCCUUUGCCACCAAAGAAAUAUGCUAUAACCAGUGUGCCACAGUCAGAGAAAAAUGAUCCCGCACCUAAUGUAAAACUUACAGAGAUGUUUAAAGCUAAUUCUUCUAGUCUUCCAAAGCACAGUUUAUAUUUGGAUUCAGAACCAAGUUCAGAAGUAGGUACGUAUAUGAAUGAUCAAAGACUUAAGGAAACAUUUCAAAUAAAAGAGCAUGUUGGCAACACACCAAACUACCUGUCAAGCUUUUCAACUAAAGAUUUUCAGGCAGACUUGGGUACAGUUGUUGAUGCAUUUUGCCAACCAGAAAUAGACUCUAGUUCUACCUGUCCAAAUGAGACCAUUUCAUUAACUACCUAUUUUUCAGUUGAUAGCUGCAUGACUGAUACAUACAGACUGAAAUACCAUCAGAGACCCAAGCUCUGUGUUCCAGAAAGCGGUGGUUUUUGUAAUGAUCAUGCAAUAUCUCAGAGUGAAAGAGGGCUAGCACCUGUGUUACACAACAGUCUUGGUUCAAACUGCCCUUCUGAGCAGAGAUAUAAACCUAGUAUACACUGUAAUAGCCAUUAGAAAUCGAAAACAGGAAUAUUCAUAAGUCACUGUGCCUGAAGAACUAGUUCACACCAGUUUUCUCCUGCUAAUCUAAAUUUGAAAAAGGAAAAACAUGAGGAGAGACUCUUACCACUUUGCUUUCAUUGGAUCUUACAGGCAGAGACCUAGGACAAAGAGCACAAGAAGGGGGAGCAGCAGACAGAGGGAGAGGAGAAGCAGGCUCCCCUCUGAGCAGGGAGCCCGAUGCGGAGCUCGAUCCCAGGACCCUGGGAUCAUGACCUGAGCUGAAGGCAGACACUUAACCAACUGAGCCACCCAGGCAUCCCGAGGUCUGGGCCAUGACAGAACACCCUGGGCCAUCUACAAAUGCUCUCCUCCUAUCCCAUUCCAUAUUGUGUGCUCUGCCUGGCAAGUAGCAGCCUGAGUUAGUGCUGCCUAGGAACCCUGCCCUGGUAUGGAGGAAUGGAUUCUGACACGGAAUUGUCCUGGCAAAUAGCUUGUAAAACGAAGGAUGUAAUUGUAGUCGGUAAAUACAAAGGGAAGUGUUAGUUAAUACCUCACUAUCCUAUCAUAGUUAAAAUCCCCAGUGGGAAAUAAUAAAUUAUAUAUUCCAAAAAAAAGUAUAUAUCCCAAGAAGAAAGGAGUCCGUUUCUGAAAGAGGUCCGUUGGGCCAACUUGAAAAUGGGAAUACAAACUUCAAAGAAAACUGUUCUUCUGACUUAGAUAGCCUAAUGAAUGAUUAACUGGCUGAAAUAUCAUUGAUGGUUAUGACUGUGUUGUAUAUCAAGCUUGUUUAGGGCAAAUAAAAGAGCACUUAAAGGAUUAUGCUGAAAUAAGCAGAUUGCAGCAAAUGCUGUUUGUCCUCCUUUGCAAUCAAAUAUUCACCUCAGCCUUUUUUUUUUUCUCAUGUAAGAGAACCCCCCAAAAAUUGAUGAUGGCUUUCUGUUUAAUUGACGUGUGUGGGGGGUAAUGUGGAGGAAAGAGGUCUGGAAGUUCUGAGAGGAGUAGGUAGAAUAAGUAGGGAUCACCCAUGAGAAAACCCCCCUGGCUCUGAUCUCCAUCCCCUCGCUUGGUGGUGGGAGAAGUGCGCAGUGCUUCUCCCUCGGGGCCGCAUGAUUAGGAUGCAUGUUGGCAGGCCAACAAAGAUGGCACAGGCGAUGUCCACACUGUGAUCCCCGUUGACCUGGGGGCAACAGCUCACGCAGGAAGGCCUGCAGUGACCUUUGCUCAGAGGCAGGCGGUGAGCCCAUUGGGCCCCUUCCGCGUGACAGCAUCGACAGGAACUUUGCAGCCAGACCAGAGUGCAUAUUCUGGCUCUAUCAACUGCCAGCUAUGUGACUUUGAGUAAGGAACCCAACUUUCUCUGCUUUGUUCUCGUGUCUGAAAAAUGGGGAUAAAAUUAUCUACUUAAUGAGCUCAUUAUAAGGAUAAAAUGAGUUAGUAUAUGGAAAAGGCCUGGUGCAUAGUUACUGCUUCAAUAAAUGUUCACCUCCUUCCCUCCACUGCUAGAAGGCCUUGCUAUAAUGCAGAGAACUGUCCUCUGGUCAUGCUACAGAAAGAUCCUCUUUAGGCAUGAAAUCACCUUCCAGUGGUGCCCAGGACACAGGCUUUAAGGCUCCUGUGGGCCGACUAAGGUGCAGGGCUCAGGGCAGGAGGAUGUUUCACUGAACCUGUGGCAGGACAGUCGUCAGGCUCUCUUCGCCGGCUGGGGCAGAGCUCUCUCCUUGAAGAGCUGGAAUAGCCCCAUUCCCAUCUGGAGUGUACCCCAGGGUUUGAAGAGGCUCCAAACUAGAGCAGCAAGGAAGGUCUACGGCUGAGCGGGGGACCAGCCUCACCCUGGAUUUGGGUAAGCACCGCUAGCCUCACCUCCUCUUCUAAAUCUCCUUUGAAAUGCUUACUGUCUGUGAUAAACUUGGAACAGACUACUUUUCCUCAGGGAUGCUUUUUUGCGUGUCUUCCCCAGAGCCUCUUUCGAAGCUGGACUGGUCCCUUGGUUCUGAUAAUGAACAGUGAUCAUCCAACCUCUGGUGUGGCAACCUGCAGGAAUCUUUGCCCUCCCAAAUUGCUCCUGGAUGUUGAUUCAACCCAUCAGGACAUGGAUGAUAAAUCAGAACAAUAACCUUCACCCUUACUCCCAGACCUAGAAACAAUUUGGUGAAUAACCAGUAAGCAGUAUUUAUAACAUAUAAAAUGUCAGCUCUCCCUUUGCCCCUCUUGGCCUAGGGCAUGCCACAUCCAGUUCGUCUUUGUUCCAGCUGUGAGAGGACUUAUUGUCAUCAUUCCGGCCUGCUGCAAUUAAGUGCUCUCCAAGCAUAUGAUCUAUGCAGAGGAGGAAGAGGACUGAUAAUGGAUCGGAUCUUUCAAGAUCCUGCUUAAGCAACUGUAGAUAAUAUGGAAGGGGAGGAAAUUCUGGAAACCAUCAUUUUAUUUAUUUACCCCACAGCUUAUUUUUUUAUUUUAAUUCCAGUGUAGUUAACAUACAGAAUUAUAUUAGUUUCAGGUAUACAAUACAGUGAUUCAACACUUCCAUAUAUCACUCAGUGCUCAUCAAGAUAAGUGUGCCUUUGAUCCCCAUCACUCAUUUCACCUAUCCCCCCCACCGACCCCCUUUCUAGGAAGCAUCUGUUUGUUCUCUGCAGUUAAGAGUCUGUUUUUUAAUUUCUCUCUCCUUUUUUUCCUUUGCUCAUUUGUUUUGUUUCUUACAUUGUACAUAUGAGUGAAAUCAUAUGGUAUUUGUCUUUCUCUGACUGGCUUAUUCCGCUUAGUAUUACAGUCUCUAGAUCCAUCCAUGUUAUUGCAAAUGGCAAGAUUUCAUUCUUUUUAUGGCUGAAUAAUAUUCCAUUGUAUAUAUAUAUAUACACCACA